AUGGCGGCGCCCGCCCCGCAAGAGCAGCAGCCGCAGCAGCAGGACGCGGAGCUGGAGGAGCUCCUCGAGAGUAAGGAAGGGGGAGACCCCGGGGUGGGGGGUGGGGGGUAGAGGGGGACCCCCUCCAAGUCCCACGCAAACCCAAGCCCCGCCCCGAAACUGCCCUCUUCCCUCCCCCCACCCCCGUUCACACGAUCAGGGUCGCGACACGCGUGUCAGGCCGUGGGGUGAGAAGGCUCUGGGUCUGCCCCACCCCGCAGGGGGGCAGGGAAAAAGAGAGCCUCCCCGCAAAGGACCUUGACCUUGGGGCUGCCGCCUGCCAGGCCUCCCCGGCUGGUUUGGGGGGGGGGCAGCUGCGUGUAGGUGGGGGGAGAGGCUCCCCCCCAAUCCCCCACCUUCCCCCCAAAGGAUCUGACACGGGGGUUGACUCCCACCCCCCAUGCCUCCCCUGUUCACACAUCCCAAAGAGAAUCCCCGCUGCGGGGGCCUUUAAAGAGACUCUCCCCACAUUUUCUCCCUAAGGGGCGCUGCCCCAUAUACUGCUUAUUUCUCCCCCCCCCACACACACACUUCAUAUACCCCUGCUUAGAAGCCUGUAUAUAUGUCUUUGCACGUGGGAAGGUCUCUCAUAACGUGUCCCAGCAGGAAGAGUUGAAACCCUGCCCCCCCUCUCCCCAAAUUAAAAUAAAUGCCCUCUUGGCGGAGUGGACCGAGACCCCCAUCACUGGGCACAGUGCCCCCCUCCCUGUCCCCACAUGACGCACUCCCCCUGGGGAUUUUAAAGCAGAGGUUGCAUAGCCCUCUGCCAUGUAAGAUUUAGCUGAGAUUCCUGCAUUGCAGCGGGUUGGGCUGGAUGACCUCUGGGGGUCCCUUGCGACUCCACAGGUCUAGGGUUUCUUUGUGGGCUGGCGCAGGGGGGCGAGGCUGCCCUGGGGCUCCUCUGUGGCAGCAGGUGACCCUCCUGCCUGGCGGCUCACCUGGCGCUCACGAGUGCAUUUUCUGACGUUUGUACCUUGCCCUUUCUUGCUGCCCUGACAAAUUCAGGAUAUUACAAUAUAAGCCCUGAACAGCUUAGGACCAGGGAUCAUCUUAUGCCAUAUACGCCCACUCUGCUAAAUCCACACAAUCUGCGGAGCUGGCACUGGGGCACGUGCCGUACGGCACCCAUUCUGUAGCCAUAAGAAACCAGUGUGUUGGCAGCCACCCUGUGGAACUCCCUGCCUCUUGACAGGGGCCUUCGCUGUGCUCUUUACAGCGCCUGCUAAAAACAUUAUUGUUUAAACAAGACUAUCCAGAUAGGCGGGAUGUUUACAUGUGUCUUACUUUUUAGCUGAUUGUUGAUUUUAAUUAUUUUUUGAAUGUUUCCAACAGCUGCUUUUAACUGUUUUUCCCGAUAACUUUAUUGUUUUGCUCUUUAUGAGGAUUAAUUUUUUUAACACCAUCAGUGGUAUAUCGAUUUUAUGAAUCAAUACAUAAAUAGCAAAAAAAUAAGAAUGCGAUGCGCGUUUUGCUGUGGGGCACAUUUUGACCCACCUUUCCCCCAAGGUGGCGUGUGUCCCCCCCCCUUUAACCCCCACGACAACCUUGUGAGCUUGAAAGGCAGCGGUCACACUCCUCCCUGGCGGAGUGGCAGGAUUGGAACCCGGGCCUUUCCCAGGACCUCAUCCAGCGCCCCUAUUCAGCAGGGAUUGUUGUUGUUGCUCAACACAAGGCUGGCAACGUGCUCCUCUUGGGUGAGGCAAGAGUCUGGAGGUGGCUCUCUCUCUCAGUUGCAUCACUGCUUUGAACUCUUAUCUCCUUUCGCAAGGACUUUAGUGUGUCGGAGAGGAUCGCUCCAGAUUUUCUGUCAUUUUGCAGCCCUGCCAAAUUGAACGUUUGGGCUUUCCGUUCUUUUAAAAAACCCGCUUUGGCUUAGGCAAACUGGAGCCAGGAUCUGCCUUGAGCUCAGUGGGGCAGGAUCCUGGCCUCCGUGUCCCCUCUUCCCACAACGCCUCCUCGCACUCGCUCCUUCCUUCCCAGGUGGAGUCUGGAAAGGAGAUUCUGCUCAGGAUCUGGGCGGUUUCAGGAGCAGGUUGGAAGCCGAUUUGGCCAUUAAAUUUGCCUACUUUAAGUGAAGAGAGAAAUGCAGCAGUGACAAAUCUGCGUUCUUUUAUGUAUCUAUAUUUCCACCUACGUCCUGCAACGUAGUAAAGAAAGAUGCUGUAAAUAAGGCACCUUGGAGCUUGAAAUUAUAACAUUAUUUAUCAAAACGUGGCAACAUUCGGCCGACUGAUCGGUUAUAGCUUGCAUUUUACAUGUUUAUUUGGAAAAUAAUCACUGUGACUUUAUGUUGCAUCAGUCAGCGUCAUUAUGCAACUGAUGAAAUGUGUACAGACGGUUGUUCAAAAUUUUAUUCUUUCCCCGCUCCCUUAUUUUUAUUCAACGCCCCCCCAUUGCUUCUCCCGCCCCCUGGAUUAUUACAGCGCCCCCCCCCCCGGGAGUGAUAUCGCCCCCUUUGGGAAACACCGGGGUGGGGGUGUCUUCCUGCCCCACUGUGUGCUGGGAAGCCCCCAGAAGGUGCCUCUUCCUUGGGGAAAUUCCACCCUGGGCCCCCCAGCAAAGAAACCCCUCUCUUGCCUUCUGGAUUUUGGGGAGAUGCGUACCUGCUCACGUCUGCUCCCUCAUGUGGGGGCGGCUGUUUCAGUAAUGCCCCCCCUGCCUUGCAUCAUCACUCUUCUUUCUUCCCCCCCCCCCCAGGUGCCCUCGAUGACUUUGACAAGGCCAAGCCAGUCCCAUCGCCGCCCCCUUCAACUGCCUCCGUGGGGGACGGCAGCGUCUCUGAGAAAUCGCCUGGAGAUGCUGCCAAGGUAGGGCAGGCGACCUGAGCACCCCCUGGGAAUGUGGGGAUGUGUGGGGCGGCUGGGGGAGAGAGGGCAGCCCCUUGCUCCCAAGGAGACGGACCUUGGGGGUCUUGGCUCGGCAGGGGUCGAGGGUCGCACAGGGACAGGACCGCCGACUGCCUGUUGCUUCUUCUCCCUGUUGCUGAAACGGCCCACAGCUUCUUGACCCUGAGAACCAUUUGCAGUUCCCGCUCUGUAAAAUGGGCCCAUUGGGCCACAAAAGAAGUUGUGUGGAUGUCAGAGAGGGCCGAGUGUGGCGCUGAUUUGAGCUCCUAAAUAGCUCCUGGCCUUGCUCUCCUCUGGCGAGUGAGUUUUGUUUCCAGGCGAGUGGACAGGAAAGUUCUUAUUUUAUAUUUAUAUAUAUAUAUAUUAAUUUUUUAACAUAUAAGUUCCAACAAUCAUUUAACAUAACUUCUUAUCUUACACAGUAAUUUAGACUUCCGUCAACAACCUCUGAAGAUUUUCCGUUCUUUAUCAUGUGUUCUGCAUUUCUUAAUUUCUUAUUACUUUUAAUUGUCCUUAACUAACAAUUCUCUUCAUAAUCUCUGCAGUAUUUUGCAAAGUCCUCCUUACACAACUUCUUGCAGUCCUCCUAGCAUAAUCUGUUCAUCACAAUUGCUUUUCAAAUAGUUCAGAUAUUUACUCCAGUCCUCCAAGAAUCUCUGAUCCUGCAGGUUUCGAAUCCUUCUUGUUAAUUUAUCUAAUUCUGCAUUGUCCAUUAAUUUCAUUUGCCAUUCUUCUUUCGUCAGUAAUUCUUCUUGCUUCCAUUCUUGUGCCAAUAAAUAUUCUUGCUGCUGUUGUUGCAUAUAAAAACAGUUCAUAAUCCUGUCUGUUAAUAUCAUCCCCUACAAUGCAAGUAAAAAUGCUUCUGGUUUAUUAGUGAAGGACAGGAACGUUCUUAAGAACAGAUUUAUUUAUUUUCCUUUUGGCCCUGGACUUCGCCAGCUGCCUGGGCAAAUGUUUUGUGGGCUAUUCGUGUGGGUCAGUGGCAAGACCCAGGGCUUCCCCUCUGCUUAAAUCCAGGGGGUGCUGAGCUCCCCAUCUCGUCCUCACCCAUUUCGCUUUUUCUCUUCCCAGGAUUCCCUCUUUGCCUCGCAGGAGAAGUUCUUCCAGGACCUCUUCGAUAGCGAACUGGCCUCCCAGGCCACGGCGGAGUUUGAGAAGGCCAUGAAGGAGUUGGCCGAGGAGGAACCCCACCUGGUGGAGCAGUUCCAGAAGCUCUCCGAAGCAGCAGGCAGAGUCGGUGAGCGAGUUGCUUUUGGGGAGUUUCUUGAGAUCCUCUUUCUCCGCCCCUCUUCUUAGGGGAGAGCCAGGCAGGGUCUGAACUUGCUCCCUCCAGCUGGACAUUGCUAGAAAGAGAAGAGUCUAGUGCCCAGAUCAAGGGAAGGGAUAAAAAGGUAAAGAGACCCCUGACCAUUAGGUCCAGUCGUGGCCGACUCUGGGGUUGGGACGCUCAUCUUGCUUUACUGGCCGAGGGAGCCGGGGUACAGCUUCCGGGUCACAUGGCCAGCAGGACUAAGCCGCUUCUGGCGAACCAGAGCAGCGCAUGGAAACGCCGUUUCCCUUCCCGCCAGAGUGGUACCUAUUUAUCUACUUGCACUUUGAUGCGCUUUCGAACUGCCAGGUUGGCAGGAGCAGGGACCGAGCAACGGGAGCUCACCCCGUCGCAGGGAUUCAAACCGCCGACCUUCUGAUUGGCAAGUCCUAGGCUCUGUGGUUUAACUCACAGCGCCACCUGCGUCCCAAGGGAAGUGAUAGUCCUGCUCUAUUCUGCCGUGGUCAGACCCCUCCUGGAGUCCGGUGUCCAGUUCUGGGCACCUCCGUUGGAGGAGGAUAUUGAAAAGAUGGAGCGUGUGCAGAGGAGGGUGACUGAGAUGGUCAAGGGUCUGGAAGCCAAGGAAUGGUUGAGGGAGCUGCGGAUGUUAGAAUUCUUGCUCCGUGAUUGCAGUCAUGGGAUUUUUGUCUAUCACAUGACGGUAUAUGUUUUGACACCACAGAAUGGGAAGUGACGGAGACAGGAUGUUUGUGUUGCUGAGUUCCAUGAAGUGGGACUAUUGUCCUUUGUUCUUUCUCUCUUUGCUGUCUGAUGCUAGAGAGAGAGGGAGCCGUGUUGCAGUGCUCCAUGUGUGUUUAUAUGUAAAUAAAGUAGAUUAGCCCAAAUGCUGAGUUGCUGAGGUCUGUCACGCGAAAUGCGCAAACUCUGCGGAUCCCUAAGUGUGCCAGUGUCGGUUGGCAUCGGUCGCUGUGAUGUUCGGGCUGAAGAAAGAUUUUGAAGCUCCUGAACAAAGGACCAGGAGGGAGAGAACAUGCCAGCCGGGCAUGUGUCUCUGCCAGGGUCCUACUCGAGUGUAGGACAAGCUCCUGACAGCUUAGCCUGGAGAACAGAUAUCUUAAGGGCUGUCACAUGGAAAAUGGAGCCAGCUUCUUUUCUCCUGCUCUGGAGGGCAGGACUCACACCCAUGGCUUCAAGUUACAAAAAGUAGAUUCUGACUCAAUAUCAGGCAGAACUUUCUGACAGUAAGAGCUGCUCAAGAGUGGAACAGUCUCCCUCGAAGGUUGCGGACUCUCCUUCCUUGGAGGUUUUUAAGCAGAGGCUGGAUGGCCAUCAGUCCUGGAUGCUUUAGCUGAAAUUCCUGUAUUGCAGGGGGCUGGACUAGAUGAGCCCUGGGGCUCCCUUCCAACUCCACAAUUCCAUGAGACGCCGCCCCAAAAUGUUGUGCAGUGCCACCGUCUCUGGAGGACAGCAGCCCACACUGAUACCCCGUUCUUCUCAAAACGAAGACUUCCACGCUUCUCAAAAUAAAUGUGGGGGUGCUUUCCCACCCACCCUAAGCAUCACACAUUUAUGAAGCAAAGCUAAGAGACCUCCAUCUGAACAUUAGACCCAGCACCUUUCAGGCUGCUUUACAUCAAUCAAGAGAUCGUACCGCUAUGCUGUUACUUGAAUAAAAAAUAUGUGUUAAAACUGUCACUUUGAAAGGGGCUCUUUGAAAAGAAUGCUCUUUAAAACACACACACAAACAUAACCGGACUCCCACUGGUUAGCUAAAAAUGCCUGGAUGCCCCAAAGAGAUCCAUGCAUUUUCUAACCGCAGCCUCAGCUGCAUGAGUUCAAACUAGUGAAAAUGCUGUGUGGGCUUCCAGCUUCUGCUUAAAAACCUCCAAUGAAGGAGAGCUGAAUCUGAAUGAAUGAAUGAAUGUCAUGAUUAUGGCCACAGACCAGUUCUGGCUCACUUACAAUAUCAGGAAAAUCAUAAAACACAACAGGAAUACAUUGAAGUGCAAUUGGGUAUAACAGAGACAAUUCAGAUAUAGUGGCAGUUAAAAAUAUACAUUAAAUCUAAAAUAUAACCUAAAAUUGUCAUUUAAAACCUUAAUCAUUUUAGUAGUACAGCUUGUUCCCUAAGUUUUAUGGCAGUUGCACAGAAUUUGGCCAGGAGAGCUGCUGCUGUUGUUGCUACACGUAGAAUUGUAUGUGGGGACAUGGGUGGCGCUGUGGGUUAAACCACAGAACCUAGGACUUGAGAUCAGAAGGUCAGCGGUUCGAAUCCCCGCGACGGGGUGAGCUCCCAUUGCUCGGUCCCUGCUCCUGCCAACCUAGCAGUUCGAAAGCACGUCAAAGUGCAAGUAGAUAAAUAGGCACCGCUCCGGUGGGAAGGUAAACGGCGUUUCCGUGCGCUGCUCUGGUUCGCCAGAAGCGGCUUAGUCAUGCUGGCCACAUGACCCGGAAGCUGUACGCCGGCUCCCUCGGCCAGUAAAGCGAGAUUAGCAACCCCAGAGUCGGCCACGACUGGACCUAAUGGUCAGGGGUCCCUUUACCUUUACAGUUGGAAUCACAGCUAAAGGUUCCCUGGCACGAUGCCCAUCCAGCCUCUGAAAGAGAUCUCACCCACAACCUUCCGAGAUUGCCUGCUCCUCUGUCCAAUGGCUCUUACCCCUGGAAAGUUCUUCCUGACCUUGAGUCAGAAUGCCAGCGUUGCCUGACUUCAAGCAACUUUUCUGAUGGGUGGAUUUGGGGCACCAGGGCAGCUCAGCACAGAAUUGCGACCUUUGCCAUGGCAGUUCAUGGAUGUUUUGUGGGAACCCCUUCUUCCCUCAAGCAAGUCUCAGGCCCUUGGGGUCUCCAAAUUCCCGUUGCAGGAUUUCUGGUGCCCUUUCAGAAUAAAGACAGGGGGAGCGGUGAGGUUGCAUCCUGUUUCAGGCUCCUGGGUGAGAGCAAAGAGGCCGAGAGGGCAGGUGUGUCAGAAGCGGAAGGAACUGACGCUGGGUUAUUUAUUUUGUAAAAAUUAUACACUGCUUGAUUGUGUAAACAAACGACAACCCUCAAAGCGAUUUACCAAAAAUAUAAAACAGUAAAAUCAAGAAAAAAAUACGACAGUGCUUUAAAACUUGCAUAAGUUGAAACACCAGAUCAGAUUAAAACUGCUUCAACUUUCUCAGGAAUUAUAUAUAUAAAUGUGUGUGUGUGGCUUUAUAUUUUUGUACAAUUUGUCGUUCAAGUUGUUAGUCGUCGCUUUACAUUUUCGUACACCACGUAAGAGAUUUAUAUAUUUAAGAAAACUUAUUAAGUGGUAUAGAAGUGGUCUAAAUAUAUAAAUAAUAUUUUUCAUUUUAAAACCAAAUGCAUUUUCCUCUUCAGGGGUCUCUUAAACACUUUCUCCCUCGCUUUUUUGCAGGAAGCGACUCCAACUCCCAGCAGGAGUUCACUUCCUGCCUGAAAGAGACGCUCAGCGGCUUGGCAAAGAACGCAGACGACCUCCAGGUAUUACAAUAAUAAUAAUAAUUUAUUAUUUGUACCCCGCCCAUCUGGCUGGGUUUCCCCAGCCACUCUGGGCGGCUUCCACAGAGACCAAAAAUACACUAAAAUAUCACACAUUAAAAACUUCCCUGAACAGGGCUGCCUUCAGAUGUCUUCUGAAUGUCAGAUAGUUGUUUAUUGCUUUGACAUCUGAUGGAAGGGCAUUCCACAGGGCGGGCGCCACUACAGAGAAGCUCUGAACCCCUUUCUGCCUCCCUGGCUUCUCCAAAACGCUUCCUCUGCGUUUCCAGCGGCGGAUCCACUCUGCAGACCCUGUUUCGUCAACGCCUGUUUGGGGCGUGAGAAGAACAAAUCCCAGUUGCUGCCCUCACUGCAAGCGGGGAGAGCGCUGCUGCUUCUCUUGCACCCAGGGCCCGCUUGCGGGAUUCCACUUGGGACAUUUGGUUGGCUGGGACUAGAUGGGAUGCUGGCCUGAUCCAGAAGGCCAGGCUCUCCAUGUGGAGGUCUCCUCUGAUAGCAGAACCUCCAUGCCCAAGAGCAGUCUACCACAGAAUAACAGGUGGCAGGGAACUGCAGAGCUGCUGUUGUGCUCAGGGUCCCACUUGGGAGAUUCCUUUUGGCCACUUUUGAGAACUAACAACAACAACAACAACAACAAUUUAUUAUUUGUACCCCACCCAUCUGGCUGGGUUUCCCCAGCCACUCUGGGCAGCUUCCAACAAAAUAUUAAAAUACAGUAAUGCAUCAAACAUUAAAAGCUUCCCUAAACAGGGCUGCCUUCAGAUGUCUUCUAAAAGUCUGGUAGUUGUUUAUGCCAUUGACAUCUGGUGGGAGGGCGUUCCACAGGGCGGGCGCCACCACCGAGAAGGCCCUCUGCCUGGUUCCCUGUAACCUCACUUCUCGCACUGAGAGAACCACCAGAAGGCCCUCAGAUCUGGACCUCAGUGUUCAGGCUGGACGAUGGAGGUGGAGACGCUCCUUCAGGUCUACUGGGCUGAGGCUGUUUAGGCCAGGCAUAGGCAAACUCGGCCUCCAGAUGUUUUUGGACUACAACUCCCAUCAUCCCUGACCCCUGGUCCUGUUAGCUAGGGAUGAUGGGAGUUGUAGCCCCAAAACAUCUGGAGGGCCAAGUUUGCCUAUGCCUGCUUUAGGGCUUUCAAGAUCAGCACCAACACUUUGAAUUGCGCUCGGAAACGUACUGGGAGCCAAUGAAGAUCUUUCAAGACUGGUGUUAUGUGGUCUCGGCGGCUGCUCCCAGUCCCCAGUCUAGCUGCCGCAUUCUGGAUUAGUUGUAGUUUCCGGUCACCUUCAAUGGUAGCCCCACAGAGAGCGCAUUGCAGUAGUCCAAGCGGGAGAUAACCAGAGCAUGCGCCACUCUGGCAAGGGAAACCCCCAGAGCAGGAUCCUCCCUUCCUCCAUGAAUUUGUCUGAUCCUCUUUUAAAGCCAUCCGAGUUGGUAGCCUCCUAUGGGGCAGUGGGCUUACAACGUAGCCGGAGGGGCUGUAGGUCAUCUCGUGCCUUUUCCUUCCAUGAAGAGGUUGGCUUCCUCGCCCAGCCUCCCUAACAGCCGCCCCCCCUUCCUUCUCCCGCAGAACUCCAGCGUCUCUGAGGAGGAGCUUGCGAAGACCAUGGAAGGCCUCGGCUUGGAGGAAGGAGACGGCGAAGGGAGCCUCCUGCCCAUCAUGCAAAGCAUCAUGCAGAACCUGCUGUCGAAAGAUGUGCUCUACCCCUCCCUGAAGGAGAUCACGGAGAAAGUAAGGCGGAAGGGCACACCCCGGGGGGGGGGGCGUGGCUCAGUGGCAGAACAGCUGCCUUGAAUGCAGAAGGUCCCAGGAUCAGCCCCUGGCAUCCUAAGCAGGGAUGGGAGAGGAGCGUAGAUGGUCUGAACUCGGUGUAAGGCUGCUCCCUACAUUCCCGGAAAAAACAAUGCUGUCCAGGGUUGUAAAGACUGCGGAGAGAAUAAUUGGGUGCCCUCUUCCCACCUUGGAUCAAAUAUACGCUUCCAGGUGCCAUAAGAAAGCUGCAGAGAUAGCGCAGGAUAGUACGCACCCCGGAAAUGAUCUCUUUCAGCUUUUGCCUUCUGGAAGAAGGUCCAGGGUUAGAAAGGCCAGGACUAGCUGCCUGAGAAACAGUUUCUAUCCAAAUGUGAUUUUGGUUUUAAAUGCAGUGUAAGGUAGUCUCUGUGGGAGUAUAUUGUAUUUUAAAAAUGGGGUAUCAGAGUUUUUAGGGGGCUAACCAGGUUGGGAUAGCUGGGAUAGCAGGCUUGUGGGUUUUGAAUGUCUUAUGUCGAUUCCCCCCCCCCCCCCAUAUCGUUGUUCUGUAUGGGACAAUGACAAUAAAGAUUAUCGUAUUGUAUCAUAUUGUGUUUAAAGCAACACUAGAACAAUGAGGACUGGGAACCUGCUUCAUUUUUAGUGGAAUGGGCCAUCGCUCAGUGAUAAAGAGCAAGCAGAAGGACCCGGGUUCAGUGCUUCUCCAGGUGUGGCUUUCUGAAAGAUGCCCGUCUGAAACCCUGGAGAGCCAUGACUGCCACUUAGUGUAGACCAGGGAUCAGCAACCUUUUUCAGCAGGGGGCCGGUCCACCACCCCCCAGACCAUGUGGUGGGCCAGACUAAAUUUUUUUGGGGGGGAAAUGAACAAAUUCCUUUGCCCCACACAUAACCCAGAGUUGCAUUUUAAAUAAAAGGACACAUUCUACUCAUGUAAAAACAUGCUGAUUCCCAGACCGUCCACAGGCUGGAUUUAGAAGGCGAUUGGGUCGGAUCUGGGCCCCGGGCCUUAGGUUGCCUACCCCUGGUGUAGACAGUCCUGAAGAAGAUGAGCCCAAGUCAGGCUUCCUAUGGUCCACGUAGGAGCAGCCUGGCCCACCCUCCCCUCUUCCUCCCCCAGUACCCAGAAUGGCUGCAGAGCCACCGCGACUCCCUGCCACAGGAGCAGUUUGAGAAGUACCAGGAGCAGCACAGCAUCAUGGGCAGGAUCUGCGAGCAGUUUGAGGCCGAGCUGCCCACCGACGGCGACACGGAGCACAAGGCCCGCUUCGAGAUGGUCCUGGACCUCAUGCAGCAGGUGGGUAGGGGGGAGAGGGCACGAAGGACAGGAAACUGAGUCCCCUGCCAUGGUUCCCUUGCUGAUGCCGCUGCCUGUUUUGUCUGCCUUUCAGCUCCAAGACCUUGGCCACCCCCCCAAGGAACUGGCGGGAGAAUCGGUGAGUUUGGGCCGGGGGCAGAUGGCGACCCAUUUCUUCCUUCCUUCCUUCCUUCCUUCCUUCCUUCCUUUCUCUCUCUCUCUCUCUCCCCGCUGUCCUGCCCGCAUUCCCUUCCUUCCUUCCUCCAGAUGUAGUUGGACCACAGCUCCCUUCUUAAUUCUGCCCACGCCUUUCCUUCCUGCACGCCAAUCAAAGAAUGGUGGGGUUGGAAGGGAUACCCCAGGGCCAUCUAGUCCAACCCCCCCCCCAGAAUCGCAGCGAAAGCAUCCCUGGCAGGUGGCCAACAAACCUCUGCUUGGAAACCUCCAGCGAAGGAGCGCCAACGUUCAGACGGGGCCCAUUCCUCUGCCAAACGGCUCUUGUGCUCAGAAAGCUCUUCCUGAGGUUUAGUCAGAAUCUCUUUUCUUGCAAUUUGUUGGUUAAUGUCCUUCCGGCACAACAGGAAAUAUUCCAUAGAAUGGCACAGUUGUGAGGGACACCUGUGGGUCAUCUAUUCCAACCCCCUGCAAUGCAGGGGUCCCGGCUAAUCUCCCCUUCUCUCCAUCUUCUUCUUCCUCCUGCAGCCCCCCGGGCUGAACUUUGACCUGGAGGGAAUGAACCUGCCAGACGCAGCCAGUUCGGGAGGAGGAGACCAGUGCCAGAUCAUGUGACCCCACAGAGCGAGCGGACCGGGAGGAACGCGGCAGAGGGGUCCCUGGAGGGGCGUUACUGUGUCCGGGGUUGGGGGGGGGCUGAUUCUCUCUCCCCCUCCCCACCUCCUUUUAUUUUGGUUUUCUUCAAUCACCAGGUGCCUAAAAGGGGCUGGGCUGACUGUGUUAAUACGUAUGUGUGCGGGGGAACUUUAUAAGAAAAAAUCCAAAUAGGAUGAUACAAGUCAGAGGCUUUCAGAAAGUCUCAAGGGAUGUAAAUGGACAUGCUGCUGCCGUCUCUGGGGUCCUGGGGUGUGUGUGUGUAUGUGGGGGUGCAAGAGACACCCCCCCCACACACACACUUCUUUCCCUUUCCUUCCCUGCCCUGGACCGACUAACAGAUGGAGCUCAGCCGCCGUGUGUGUGUGUGUGUGUCAAUUGCUCCCCUGGUUGGCUCUUGAGGGAGUUCACUGGAAUCUGCCUUUUGGAAGCCGGCCAGUGCCGCUCCUUCGAAGUUCUGUGACGGUUUUGGGCCACGCAAGAAGUGUUGGCGCUGGACCAGAAUCCCCUCCGCACCUGGCAGGGAGGAAGAGCCCCAGUGGGGAUGCCUGGCCGAGGCGAUUUUCAAAAAGCACUGAUUUAAAUGGGGGCAUUGAAAACAUCCCUGCCCCAAACAGCUGCUGGGUGCCCUCUCUCCCCACUUUUCAAUACUAACCCUGCCUGCCCCUCUGGUUAACACUGCCCCUCUCUUGGUGCCUCUCCAUCUCUGGGUCUCCGGGAACUUGGGCUUGGCCAGAGAGAAAGCCAGGAGAGGUCAGUCGGGGGGGCGAUGCCGUCCUCAUCCCGGCCAGGACUGGGGGGGUGGGCUCUGGAGUUUAUGUCUACUCUCCUUCCUGAGACGGGCAGAACCUCAGAGGGAGGGGUGUUUGUGUGUGUGUGUAAGGAUAAUUAUUAAAAAUAAAGGUGGAAAAGCUGAUCCUCUCUUUGCUUCCCUGCGUUUUCUUUUGAUGAAACACUGUGUGUGUGUAGAGAGAGAAGUCAAGGCUUACUCCAGACACCCUGUUUUGUGUGAGAAUAAUUUCAGCGAGUUCCCCUAGGACACUGCUUCCGACUGACAAAUCGCCAGCUAUGUCCGGGAAAUUCUGGACGUAGUUCGCUUCUUUAAGAUCCUUCCCAAAAGUUGCAGCUGUCACAAGUGCAUUUUGAUGUGAUGCCAAAACAUUAAUUCCUGCAUGGCAGGGGAGUGGACUAGAUGGCCCUUGAAGGUCCCUUCCAACUACAGUUUUAUGAUCCUUGCACGGAAGUUAAUCUGAUGCCAUUUGGGGAGGAAGUUUGACAGGCAGGGAGCCACCACCAAGAAAACCCCACCCCAAAGACCCAUCGUGGCGCAGCAAACAAGGCCUUUCCAGCAGAUUGCAAAGCAUGAUGUGCGAAUUAUCAGGUCCAAGACCAUUAUUUACUUGUAGGGAAUCAAUCUCUGGAACUCCCUGCUCCUUGAUAUUAAGCAGGCACCUCCUUUGCACUGUAAAACUUUAAAUUUUGUUGAUAUUUUGACAAGUUUUCCAACACUUUGAAUUGUGCUUGGAAACCUACUGGGAGCCAAUGUAGGUCUUUGAAGCCCGCUGUUAUGUGGUCUCGGCGGCCGCCCCCAGUCCCCAGUCUGGCUGCCGCAUUCUGGAUUAGUUGCAGUUUCUGGGUCACCUUCAAAGGUAGCCCCACAUAGAGUGCAUUGCAAUAGUCCAGGCGGGAGAUAACCAGAGCAUGCACCACUCUGGCAAGACAGUCUGCAGGCAGGAAGGGUCUCAUCCUGCAUACCAGAUGGAGCUGAUAAACAGCUGCCCUGGACACAGGGAAGACCUGUGCCUCCAUGGACAGCUGUGAGUCCAAAAUGACUCCCAGGCUGCGCAUCUGGUCCUUCAGGGGUAUAGUGACCCCACUCAGGACCAGGGAGUCCCCCACACCUGCCCACCUCCUGUCCCCCAGAAACAGUACUUCUGUCUUGUCAGGAUUCAACCUCAAUCUGUUAGCUGCCAUCCAUCCUCUAACCGCCUCCAGGCACUCAGACAGGACCUUCACCGCCUUCACUGGUUCUGAUUUGAAAGAGAGGCAGAGCGCUCUUCUCCUGCUCCCCAUAAGUAUCUGGUUGAUCAUAGUAAGAACAAAAUGCUGGACUAGAUGCCCCCCUCCCUUUGGUUUGAUUCACCAGCCAGGCUGCUGUGUCUCCAUGGACAGCUGUGAACUCAUGGCUAUUCUGGGAAGCUGAAUGCGGGGCAAAUAACAGAAAGGCCUCCUUGGGGCGGGACAGAGUGGAACUGCGGAACUCUCUGCCACAGGAAGCAAGCUGGAAGCCUUGAAAGGAGGCCUGGAACCUAGAAAUAAAAAUGGGGGAGCCUGAUCGUGGUGGUGCUUGAACAACAACAACAUAUUAUACGAUAUAAUAAAACAGUACGAUAUUUUUUGAUUACUGCUUUUAUUGUUGUUGAGGAGCUGCCGCUCUGCGCGCGCCUCUCUAUGGCCCCCCUUCCCUCCCCCUAGAGCCCUUCUGCGCGCUCCUCUCGGCGGCUCUCCCCUCCCAACCCGGAAGCGCUUCUCUCGCGCGUGCGCGUUCCCCUCCCCUCCCUCCCCCCGCCUCCUUCGGGGUCGGCUGCCCGGGAAGUGUCGCAAGGUGUCGUGGUCGGGGGGCCGUAAAGCGCAGAAAGGGAAAAAAACACCCAGCGCUGCUCGGGGUCGGCGGCGGCGUCCGGGGAGCAUCGGCGGCUGGGCGGCCCCAUGGCGGCGCCGGAGGUGGUGGCGGCGGCCCCCCGGCCUGGAGGCGGCGGCGGAGGGGGAGGCGGAGCGGCCUCCAGAGGUGAGGGGGGAGGGGUCGGGCGCUUGCUCCCCCCCUCCCGAGAAGGCCCAGGAGGGGGAAGGGAAGGAAGGACAGAAAACGGGGGGGGGGCAGAAAACGGGGGGGGGUCCUGCUCCCCUCCCCCCUCCCCUGCAAAAAGGAGGAGGGCUGUUUGUUUGUUUAUGGUGUUGCCCCCCCGUCUCCUUUCACCCCCCCCGAAGGAAGGGCAGAAAACGGGGGGCCCGUCCCCUCCCCCCUCCUUCGCCAUAGAAGAUGCCCUGCAGAAAGGAGGAGGGGGGUUGGUUGGUAGGUUUAUGGUGUCGCCCCCCCCCAAAGUGGGUUGAGAAAACGCCCCUCCCGGGGGAGGAAGAAGCGGGGUGGGGGAGGGGAGGCGGCGUUUUUCAGGAAGAGCCCCUCCCCCCAAGAGGAGGGGGAGGGGCCGGGGGGGGUCGAAAAGGGGCUCCCCCUUUCUAGAUCUCUCUUCUUCGGAGUUGCCCCCCCCCGCGUGGCCCUGGGGUUCCCUCGGGGCGCCUCGCCUUCUCUUGCCUCCCUUCCCCGCUUCUUCUGGCCUCUCCCCCCUUUGCCCCCGUUCCUGCUUCGCCUCUUCAUCCCGGCUUGUGCUUAUUUCUGGCAUUUGCCCAUUCUCUCCGUGGUCGCUGCUAUUAUUCACUUGCCCUUAAGGUCACAACAAUUAAAACACAAUAAUAUUAAGAACAGGUUGCAGCUGCUUCCAGUCGCCAAAAUGAGGCGGAGCCUAAAAAUAUACAUUUCUUUUUCAAAGCAGGGCCAGUCUCUCUCUUCAUCCGCCCUCGUAACUUUAUCUCAGUUUAUGUUCAGUUUCUGUUGUGUAUUUAUAUCCAUAUUUAUUCACUGAUAUCUAUGUUUAUCUAUGUCACCUCCCUCUGUUUAUCUCUGUUAGUUUCUGUUUAAAAAAUUCCUUCCAGUAGCACCUUAGAGACCAGCAAAGUUUGUUAUUGGUGUGAGCUUUUGUGUGCAUGCACACUUCUUCAGAUACACUGAAACAGAAGUCACCAGACCCUUAUAUGUAGUGGGAGGGUGGGGAGGGGUGUUACUCAGAAGGGGGGUGGGAAUGGGUGAUUGGCUGAUAGGUGUGGUAAACCUGUUGAGUGGCCAAAAAUAGCUUUAUCAUGUAUAAUGAGAUAAGAAUCCAAUGUCUCUAUUCAAACCAGGUCUCUCCAUGAUUUUAAGUUUGGUAAUAAGUUGCAAUUCAGCAACUUCUCUUUCCAGUCUAUUUCUGAAAUUCUUUUGUAGCCGUGUUGGUCUGCCGUAGUUGAAACAAAAUAAAAAAAAUUCCUUCCAGUGGUACCUUAGAGACCAACUAAGUUUGUUCCUGGUAUGAGCUUUCGUGUGCGUGCACAUGUGUAUCUGAAGAAGUGUGCAUGCACAUGAAAGCUCAUACCAAGAACAAACUUAGUUGGUCUCUAAGGUGCUAUUGGAAGGAAUUUUUUUUACCUGUAACUAGUUUCUGUUUAUCUAUUCAUCUGUCGUCUUUAUCUGUACUUAUCUUCCUAUAUGUAAUCUCUAUCAUUUUAGCUAAAGCUGUCCAUUUAUAUUUUAUCUUUCUGCCAGCUAUAUCAUUUCUCUAUAUUUAUCAUAUGUUUAUAUUUACCUUUUUUAGCUAUUCAUAUUUAAUUGUAUUUAUCUUUAGCUUAAGUCUGUUUACAUUAUUUUUUCCUAUCUUAUCUUUUUUAUUCGUUCAUUACACUUUUGUCCUCCAGGGAGCUCAGGAGCUCCCUGUUUUAUUUUGACAACAACCCUGUGAGUUAGGUUAGGCCUAGAGAGGAGAGACCAGUCCAAAGUUCAUGGGUGAGAGUUCUGGCUGAACAGGGAUUUGAAGCAGAUGAAUGGGCAUGGCUAACUUAGAUCCAUUAGUUCAGUGGUUCCCAGUUAGCUAAGUACUGAGGACCCCUUGUUUUUCAAAAGCCAAUCCGUGAAUCCCCCUACUUCUGAAAUUUUUGAUAUCUCUAGGUAGUUUUUGUUAUGCCUUGGACUCCUUGGGUGGGUUACGUGGACCCCCACCCCGGGGCCUGCAGACCACCAAUUGGGAACCACUGUUCUCGUUAAAUACAACUCAGAGCUUUCUCAGCCCAAUGCUGUUUUUUUAUUAAUACAUCAGCACCUCAGUUUUCUUCCAAGAAGUCCAAAGUAGAAAAUAUGGUUCUCCCUAUUUUUCCUCCCCUCACAACAACCUGGUGAGGUAGGUGACCAGCUGUGAGAGAGAUUCCUUCAAAUCUUGGACUCCAGUGAAAUCCACAAUAUGGUUCUCAACUUCAUGGAAGUUAUGAAAAUGCAUAAUUUAGGAUUGAAUAUAUUUAGUGAUGUGUACAUGGAUAUGAAAUAAUUAGGAGCACAUUUGUUUGCGAUUUGCCAUCUUUUCUGCUUCUGUGUGUAUAUCUGUAUAUGUGUGAGUGGAGAGAGAGAGAGAGAGAGUGCACACACAGAGAUCUGCACACAUAAACAGAUUUAUAUCCCACUUUUAAGGGUGAGAAAACUUUCUUAUACAAUGACUUAUAAAACAAGAGUUUGAAGCAGCAGUGCACAAAGUAUGAAGGCAAUAGUUGUUGGUCCAUAAGAAGAAUUUCCCAGUCCACACCUGGGCAGGAUCUUGAUCAGGACCAAACCAAAAUGUCACAAAAAGCAGACAAGUGUUUGAGUUAACCAGAAUGGAGACUGACUGUUAAAUGAAACGGAGGAGCUGAAGGUGGGUGGGAGGGGAAGAAAAAAUUAAAUGGAAUUAGUCAGGAUCUUGAGGUCUGCACUCGAGAUUCAUCCUCCGGGUGGUGAUUGCAGACUGAAUGAGGCUCAUGGUUCUUCCUUGCAGGCAUCAGGCUGCCCCCAAGUCUCAUUGCGGGAUGGAGAAACCAUGGCUGGAUCCCCCUGUUUAAAACAAAGCCCCAACAUUUAUCCACAUCUGUCUCUAUCAGUAUUAUAGAUAGAUUGUGUGUGUGUGUGUGUGUGUGUACACACACACACACACACGUAAAAUUGAGAGAGCUGCCCAUUGGUGUGUAUAAAAUAAUUUUUUAUUUAAGUAACUUAUGUCUUAUUGCUGCCAGAGGAAUCUUCAAACCCCUUUUUCAUACUAUGUUUUGAGUUACAAAGACGUUUUUCUGGUAUGAGAGGUAUAGUAUAAUCCUUACCAUGAUGCCAGUCAAACGAAGUGGCAGGAAAGUUUUGGGUCCGGAUGAAAUGUUAGUGCCAUUGUUUAUUUAUUACGUUUCUAUCCCACCUUCUUCCCUCCAAGGAGCUCAAGGGCUCUCCUCCCCAUUUUAUCCGCACAACAACCCUGUGAGGUGGGUCAGGCUGAAAGGCAGGGUCUGGCCCCAAGGCCAGCCAGGGGGACGCUGUAUGAACUGUAUCAUCACGUCUUGUCUUUCUCUGACUGCACUUCUUUGUAAAGCUCAAUUAUGGAUACAAUAAAAAGCAUACACACAUACACACUAGAAUAUAGAUAAAACAAUUAUAUAUCUAAAUAAGUUAUGUGGCACCCUGGCACCAAAUGGUGCCAUCUGUUAGGAGGUCUCUGGCUCAUUCCACUGGAGGGCCAGUCCAACGUUCCCCUGUGAAGCCCAGAACGUAUUUUCAUGCUGAUUUACUUUGGUUGCUGGGACUUGCAUGCCUCUUUUUUUCCUUUCGCAUGCUGCUUCAAUAUUUUUUUGGGAUGCCAAGCAGACUAUUAAUAUUUCUGAAAUACCAUUUAUUUUAAGAAUAAACAAAUGUGCAUCUCAAAUGAUUUGGAAGGCAGUAAAUUUCCAGUCUUUUCAGUGGGGCCUUUAGUUCAUUGGAACAGAACCGUUUCGUGCAGAUAAAUAGUAUUAACAAGGCAAAAGAUUUAUAUGAUCUGAAGAGCAACCAGAGUAUUAAUAAUAUAUUUUUAUUAUUUAUAACCCGCCCAUCUGAUCGGGUUACUCCAGCCACUCUUACAUAAGUGAGUGUUGAUACUUAAACGUACAAGUCUUUGCUUGCACAUAAAAACUGUGUGUUUGCAUCUGUUGCUUUUAAGAAAGGGAAAAGUUCAAAGCGAUGCAACAGUGAAACCAAGUCUCAAGAAAGGGAGGGAAGAGGGAGCAAGAGAAUCCGUUAUCUGCUACCCCAAACUUAUUAGUGCACGGGCAAAAUAAAACUGAGAUAAAUUAGGUGUGGCUGUAAAUUUGUUGAUCCUUAAGGUGCCACAAGACUCGUUCUAACCAUAUGUACGAAUUUCACUCCCUGUAACUUUCUCCUCAUGUCUUUAUUUGCAAAAUGAGCUCCCACAGCCGCUUUUGAUCCCUGUAGCAACAGGGGUGCUAAGGGGCAUCAUCGGUGGCCCAUCAACUGCCUGAGCCUUGAAAGUCAUAGAAUCAAAGAAUUGUAGUUUUUGAAGGAGCCCAAAGAGCCAUUUAGUCCAACCUCCUGCAGUACAGGAGGAGUCUUCCAGCUGAGAGAGGCAACGCCACACAAAUAAAUGUGUGACUGUUUACCUGUUUCUCCACCAGCCACCCUUAACCCUGAUACUAAAAAGAUCCUUUGCACUAAUGUGGAGACCUUUCAGGAAAAGCAGGAUUGAAACCGCCCCACUUCAAAUUCCAUCUUCUGCUUUCUCCCCCAGUCUGACGUCAGUUCUACAGCACCAGUUCCCAGAGAGCUCCUGGAUCUACUCUGCUCGAAAAGGGAGUCGGGGAAAGGUAAGUUUCUGCCUUGAGGUUCCUUAGUCCCUGCCCAAGAGUACAGAGCAGUGAGCAGAACUUUUGGGUGUCCAGUGCUGCUGGGGGGUGGCCUGGCAUCCCUCCCAGAUAAGUGUGUCCUUCAGGAGAAGCCCCAUUGCUGAUCAGUCCAACUUAUUUCAAGUUAAACGCUUAGAAAAUUGGGAGCGUUCAUCUUGUGUUGGAAUGGAAAUACAGCCUUAAUCGAUGCGGAGGCCUUUGUCCAGUGACUACCACCGAAUGAGGGGUGUGCGUUGUUGUUCAGUGUUUCAUUGGUGAUGCUGCUCUUACCAGAUCCUGCGUCAGUAGAGUUGUAUGCACGUAAGAAGAGCCUGCUGGUUCAGGCCAAUGACCCAUCUAGUCCAGCAUCUUGUAAUCACAGCAGCCAAUCAGAUGCCUCAGUGGGAAACCCAGGGGCAGGAUUGGAUCACAAGAGCAUUCUCAGUUGGUAUUCAGAAGGACUACUGCCUCCGACUGUGGAGGCUGGGCGCAGCCGUUGUGGCUAGCAGCCAUUGAUAGCCCUCUCCUCCUCCUCCUCCUCUUCCUCCUCCUCUGUGAAUUUGCCCUGCCCUUUUUUAAAGCCAUCCAGGGUGCAUGGUGCAUGGUUUCUGUAAUCUGCUAAUUCUGUGGAUGUUGAAUUCUGUGAUGUUUUGCUAGGGUUCCUCCCUAUUUUGCUUAUUUUUUAUGAUUUUUUUUUAAUGAUAAUCUUUAUUGUCAUUGUCCCAUACAGAACAACAAAAUUGAAAAAAUCUACAUCAGACAUUCAAAAACCCACAAGCCUGCUAUCCCAGCCUGGUUAGCCCCCUAAAAACUCUGAUACCCCAUAAAUAAAUACAAUACACUCCCAUAGGGACUCCUUACACUGCAUUUAAAACCAAAAUCGCAUUUGGAUAGAAACUGUUUCUCAGGCGGCUGGUCCUGGCCUUUAUAACCCUGGACCUUCUUCCAGAAGGCAGAAGCUGAAAGAGAUCAUUUCCGGGGUGAGCACUGUCCUGCGCGAUCUCUGCAGCUUUCUUAUGGCACCUGGAAGCGUACAUUUGAUCCAAGGCAUUUAUAUCCCAGUCUUCAGCAAAAGGGGUUCUCAGAGUGAAUUACAAAUACUGGUGAUAAGAUGGUCCCUGUCCUCGGGCUUGUGGUCUAAAAUUCACAAAAGGAAAAGGAAAUUGGAGUGAAGAGGGGGGGAAAGCAAACUCCGGUACUAUUAUUUAGAGCAUGGAUAGGGAACCUCAGGCUCAGGGACCCCCCAGACCUCUCUGUCCAGCCCCUGGGACUCUGCCCUCACUGACCUGUGCUUUGCACCCUCCUUGAGGGUCUUUGCCUUGCUGAAAUAUGCCCUGGGCCUCUGGUAAUGCCUCUCAUUUGCCUGCAUGGAGGGUCGAGUCGGGUGUCUGUGUAGAAAGUCUUUUGGCGAUUGCUCAUAGCCGAGUAAGAUGAUCUUCCAUGAAAAUGGUCUUAACGGUGAAUCCGUACGUGACAGUGGAGGCCAAUUCUGGAUCCAUACAUCCUUCCACAGUGGGGGCAUAGGUUUCUGGGCGGGAGUUGAUCACGGUGAGGGUUUGCUAAAGGUCAAUUUGCGUUUGUUGCUCCGCCCACUUUUGCUUCUGACCCUGCCCACUUCUGGCCCCCAGAAGGUUCCCUAGAAGGGAAUGCGGCCCCUGGGCUGAGAAUGUUCCCCAUCCCUGCGAUGACCAGCUGCGGCCUCCCAUCUCUGUCUCUCUUUCCCUCUCCUGCUGCCUGGUGGAGGUGAAUUUCAGGCUGCUACGUCCCCUAGUAGGGGGGGCUUUGAAUCCCACCUGCCCUUGAUUCUGGGGUUGAGCACAGGGGACGGCCCUGACUCCCCUGGAGGGGAGCGUGGCUUUGGCCUCGGCUGCCUUGUGUGAUGCUUCCCUCCUCCCUGUUUCCUUCAGCUCAGGCCAGGGCUCCUGGCUGGGCCUUUUUAAUUCUUCCAGCAGCCAAAAGCCCUCGGAGCGGCUGGUGACCUUGAGUGGCCGCCCUCCUCCUGCCUGUUCCCUCCCUUAUCUGCUUAUGAGCAGUUCUGGGGCCCAGCCAGGAUGUCUCACGGCCUCAGCCGGGCUGCCUCCACCUCCUCUAAUCGCUCCCUGCGCAAGCCAUAGCUUCCCUUUCCCCCGCUUUCCUCUGGGCUUUCCCUUGGCACUUCUUCAGAGUGAAGCUGUCCAGGGUCCCAGCUUCCCCAGUCUCUGUGGGGAUUGGCCGACUGGCUCCACUGAUCCCGCCCCCUCCCAGACAAACAGAGGGAGGGGCAAAGGAGGAGCUGCAGGUCAGCUCAAAAGGGUCCCGGGUCUUCGGAUGCUGUGACUUUGGAUUAGUUUCAGUUGAAACCAAGGGCCAGUUCCUCUUGUCGGUGACAUUAAUCCUCCCCCCAAGUGUGUGUUGCUCCAUAUGGCUCUUCACCAGGGAAGGUGGAAGCUGGGGGUCCUGCAUGGCAGGGGGUGGACUAAAUGAACCUGGGGGGGGGGGGCUCAACUCUAUGCUUGCUUGGCCUUCCUCUGUGCUGCCUCUUUGUCACCUGCCCUCCAGCCAGCAACUGAUGCCUGUCUUACUUUCAUCUCCAUGUGACAGCCAGGCCUGUAGAAGAGGGUGAAUCAGCCAGAUAAUAGCUACUUUCUCUAGCAAUUAGGCCAGCAGGAGCCUCUUCAGAGCCAGGCGAUACCUCCUGCCCUUUGUCGUCUUCUUGAGCCCAAGUGACUUCCCUUAGACCUCACUCUGAACUUCCUUCCCCGCAGUGUUAAAGAAACGGCUGAAGGCUAACCACCACGGGGUCUCCAGAGUUUAUGGCCAGGCACCAAAGAGCUGGGCUGCUCCCUCGGUCUGCUCUCGAUCGCUGGUGGGCCUCUUAUUUCAGAAAACAAGCAAGAAAUCCCCCAUGCCUUGUAGCUUAACUUAGCGCUUCUCCUGCCAGCUAUGGAUUUACUUAGCUGGCAAAUGCAGGAGCGUUCUUUGUACAUGAGCGGGAUGAAAUCCAAUACAGUGGUUCCUCCGGUUGCGGACGGGAUCCGUUCUGGAGGUCCGGCCAGAUCCUGAGGUUUCCACAACUGAAGGACCGCUUCUGCGCAUGCACACACGGCAAAACGCUGUAAAAUACUUUCGGGUUUGCCGCUUGCGUAUCCCAGAGGGUUACGUAAGCGGAGGUACUACUGUAUAUAAUAAACACAGCACCAGCAGUGUUGCCUCUUCAUAAACCAGGUUGGCAAUGAAAGAAUGAAAGCUGGCUGUUUUCGGAUGCAUGCUUGAAGUCUCGGGCGAAGGAUGUCUGUGUCUGGGGCCAGCAAGAUAUAGGAGAGAGCUGCUGCUUUGGGGUUUCUUUUUGCGGACAGUGCAUGGCAAGGUGCCACCUCUGGUCAUUCAGAUGUUGGUGGGAGAGGGGGCAUUGGAGGCAGAUUGUAAUGCUCAGGGCGGCUCAUGCAGAGGUCCCAGGUAGCCAGGCUCAAAGCGGCUUAGGGCUCUCCAGGUAACAACCGGCACUUCUAGUUGUGCCUUGGAGCUCAGAGCGCCUGGCCUUGAGGAGCUGCUUGUUUGAACUACUUCUCGGAAACUGCAGGAAGGGAAAGUGCUCUUGUUCCCGGGUCCUGCUUUUGUGAGGCAUCUGGUUAGGCCAGGGGUUGGCAACCCGCGGCUCCGGAGCCGCAUGUGGCUCUUUUACACCUUUGCUGCGGCUCCGGGGCGGAUACUAGCGAGGGGAGGAGGCGCAUUGUGCGCCCCGACACUCCCCACUGUGGAGGGCGCUGUACUGGCUGUGACAUCGCAUGGGGGCGGUGCGUGCGUUAGUCACGCACCGUCCUGACGUCACCUUCCCGCCUGCCCGCUACAUUGUAAGGGGCAUGUAUGCUGGUCACUGCAUUGAAGGGGAGUGAAGAACACACACACACAAAAAGAUAACUUGUUAAUUUAACGUUUAUUUCUAUGAGGAGGAGUAAUUCCGAGGGGUCAAACAAAGAAAUAAUUAAAAAAAAGUGAAAAAAAAGUUAUUUUUAUAAUGACGAGUUUUGCGGCUCCCAGUUUUUUCCCCUCCGGAAACGGGUCCAAGUGGCUCUUUUUGUCUUAAAGGUUGCAGACCCCUGGGUUAGACACUGGGCUAGGUGUCGUCGUCUGUCCCCCCUGCCUGAUCCAGCAGCCAGGCUCUUCGGGUGCUUAUAUGGAACCUCCAGGUCCAGGUGUGGGCUAUCUGGAUUCCUAGGGUGCUAGGGGCAUUUGCCCAUGGAGAGAACAGAAGCCUGGACUAGGGAGGCCUCCUUGGCCUGAUCCAGCGGCCCGGCCCUUCUGACAUUCUUGUGUUGUCGUGUGCCGGUGGGGAGGAGACGUUCUUGCCUUCAACCUCUUCUCAGGCAGUUCCUGCGAGUUGUGGAGUUGGCCACAGGUAAUAAUAAUAGUAAUAACAGUAAUAAAAAAAAUAUUUAUACGCCACCCUCCCCAGCCAAGACCGGCAUCAGGGCGGCUAACAACCGAUAUAAAACAAAUUGAUUGAAAUACAACUUAAAAACAAGAUUAAAAUACAGCAUUAAAACAUUAAAAUGCAGCCUCAUUUCAAUGGAAACUCAAAUCAGAAACGUUUUUUGGGAGAUGAAAAUGUCAAAUCUUCACCAAGGCCAACUAUCCAGACUGGUCCUACAUGGGCCAGAAAAAAAGCCAGGGAAGUCCCCAAAUAGGAGUUCCGUCACAGAAGGAGAAAGGAAAAAGGAAAGAGGGGGAGGGGAUCAAGUUGAUUCCAAGCCAAAGGCCAGGCAGAACAACUCUGUCUUACAGGCCCUGCGGAAAGAAAUCAGAUCCCGCAGGGCCCUGGUCUCAUGAGGCAGAGCGUUCCACCAGGCCGGGGCCAGUGUUGAAAAGGCUCUGGCUCUGGCUGAGGCUAAUCUGACUUCCUGAGGGCCCGGGACCUCUAGGGUGUUGCUAUUUAUGGACCUUGAGGUCCUCCGCUGGGCAUACCGGGAGGGGUACCCCCCACAACACCUUCCCUGCAGAACGCCCCCAGAUAAGGAACUGGGGCCUGUGCUCCUUUUGGGGAGCGCAGGAACAGUGCCAGGCCUGUGUCUUCCACUCUGUGUGCCUCUCCGUGCAGAUGGCGCCUGGCACUUGGUCUGCACCACCAGAGCCUCUGUUGAAGGAAGCUGAGAUGGGCGGCUGUGAUGACUCACCUGACCCCCUGCUCUGUGGGAAACAGCUGCGGGGGGGUGGGGGGUGCAGGAGGAGGAGGAGGUGGUGGCACCGGGCCUGCCCUCUGCCUUGCUGCCUCCCAGGCUCUGUCAUCUCUGUGCUAAUGCAAAAGUGACAGCUGACGGGGUGCAAAGAGGCACUUUCAGGGGAGGCGCAUGAGCUCAGAGCAGAUUUGCUUUGCUGGAAGAAGGUCCCAGAGUCAGCCGCCACUGGCACCUCCAGGUGGCACCAGGGGAGACCCAGGGCAGUCCUUGUGGGUCAGCACAGGAAGUCCUGAGCAAGGCGGGUCAAGGGCCUGACUCCAUUUCCAAUGUUUUCCAAACACACAUCUUAGGUAUUCAAAGUCUUGAAUGAGGAAGGAAGCUUCAGAGCAGUCAGUGGACCCAAAAUGUUUUUAGGCCGAAACCUCCUUGGCCCAUAAACUCACCCCCAGUAUACCCCCUGCCCUAGAGAAAAGUAUUAUUCAGAGUAUUGGUUUGCAUAACCUGUUAAGGAAGGUAACGGCACAAUAAAAACAGUCACAAUUUGUUGAAAAUCUAGUUGAAACUGACGCAAUUGAUUCACAAAAACGUAUGGACUUCAUCCAGUAAUUUCAGCUUUUCAAAGUCCAAAAGUCAUUUGCCCCUCUAGCACCUCUUAGUGCCCCCUAGGCAAUACCACUGCCCCCCCCCGAGGGAGGAGCCACCCUCUCCCACUUUGGGAACUUCUGGCCUGGAGCUUCCAUGUUUCUAUUGCUGAGAGAACCGGAGUGUGAGAAGGCUUCUGGGAGGGAGAGGUUUUGCUGACCCAGCCAGGGAGCUUGGAGUGGCACCCCGGGGGCGCUGGAGGGGGGCGGUUGGCUGCCCCACAACGUAGGAGGAAAGGAGUUCAUCAGAGAAAUAACGGGAGAGUUUGUGUGUGUGCCGAGGGAGCGUCCCGCUCUAAGAGGCUUGGAGGCCCCCUUGGUCCUUGGCAUUCCGUGCCAGACAGAGUGACCGUUGGGGAAGGGCAGUUGGGCCCAGGGUCUCGGGGGGGGGGGGGCCUUCAGGAGGAAUGGCUGCAAUGUCACGGCUCCUGCUGGCUUCCUCGCGUUCGCAACCGUUGCUCCAGCUUUUCAGCUAGUCAGUUCUUCCCCGCCAAGCAGGCGUACUCCUGAGGGUGCUUUAGGAAGGCCUGAGGUGAAGUUCUUGGUGGGCCAGUUGAUUUAGGGGAUGCCCUGGCCCCAAACAACGCCCAAGCACUUUCGAGGCCACCCUUGGGCCUUCGGAUCGGGGCCUGGGAACGAAUGGGGAGCUGGGGCCCUCGUUUUGGCCAGGGAGCCUUGCACAGAUCAUGGCCCCCAACUGGAGGGAGGAGAGGCUUCAUAUCCUCCUUGGGGCCACGGAUCAGCCUGCCUCUGGGGUCCUGCUCUGCUCCAUUGGGGGCCAGCACCCCUUAGCCUUGCCUGGGGGGCAGUUUCAGCAGGCUGUGCCCCUCUUUCCUCCCAGCAGAGGCUGGACCCCAUGUAGAGCAGCUUCUUUCACACAGUUGGGUCCCCUUUGUUGGCUCCGAUGUUUACAGCCUCCUCCUUUUCUCUCUUUACCGAACCUCUCAGGGCGAAUUCACGAGAAAACGCAAUGUCAGACGCAGGAAGUAGCACGGAUGGGAAAACAGAUUUACCCAACGGUAAGAGGAGCAGGGUGGAGGGACUACAGAAACUUAUAUUGGCCUAAGUUCUUGGUGUGCUUUUUUCCAGUGGCUUCCAGCCACGUCUCUUUGGACUUGCGGGUCCCUGAAUUGCAAGACCCACAACUUGCACGUGGGCUAGAUUCCCACAAACCUUCCUGACACUGGCCUGGAGUGCCUCCUGCAUGUGUGUCUCUGACACAGGAGAGGAUCCCUCUCGCCCGCCUUGUCCAGUGAGCUCAGGAUUCCUUGCAGCUUGACCAGAGAGAGGUUCUGAGCUCGUGUUUCAGGCCGUUGUGGAUGCAGAGUCGCCAGGAGAAGUCAGAGCCGCAAAGGCUGGGGUGGAAGAAGAAAAGCCCUCCCUUUUGGUUUGGCACAUGCCCACUCCUGAGCGCAGUGUCCAGGCCUGGGCAGUGCAACAUGAUCUCUUUGGCUCUGGGUUUUGAAACCCAAGUUGUGUGGCGGCGGCGGCAGCGACUCCUGAGCUGAGUCCCUGGAGAGCUGCUGAAUCUGGCUCCACAGUGGAGGGGGUGAAUGCAAUAGGUGCGUGUGCCCCCCUCACCGAACCCGUGGGUCCCGUUGCUCAUACUCCCCGUUUCUAAACCCACCCCAAACAGCUCUGUCGCAUUAUCUGCCCCUCCAGCUGACCUGGGGCACAGUCUGGCCUCUUCCCUGGAAUUGUGGCAUGCAGCAACCCUCUGUCUCUAGAGCUCCAUUUGCUGCCAUCCCGUCCACAAAUCAUAGAAUUUUAGAGGUGGAGGGGACCCCUGGAGGUCAUCCAGUCCAACCCCCCCUGCAAUGCUGGAGAAUCCCUGGCAGGUGCCCCCUCCCCAGCCUCUGCUUCAAAACCCCCAACGAAGGAGACUCUGCCACCUUUCGAGGGAGUCCUUUCCACUAUCAAGCAGAAAGUUCUUCCUAGCGUUGAGUCGGAAUCUCCUUUCUGGUUUCCUCCCCUGGAGCAGCAGAAAACAAGCUUUUCUUCCCUGGGCCAGCCCUCCAGAGAGUUGUAGAUGGCUCCCAUGCCACUCUCAGCCUUCCCUUCUCCACGCUAAACAUCCCCAACUCCCUCAGCCGCUCCUCACGAGGCUUCAUCAUCACGCCGUCUCCCAAGGCCUUGUCGCCAGACCCUUCAUCAUCUCAGUCAUCCUCCUCUGCCCACCUUCCAGCAAACAUGACAAGAGUUUCAUGUGGCUCUUCCUCUUGCCUUGGGGAAGGGCUGUCAUAGCUCCUCCGCAGGGCACCUGCUUGGCAUGCAGAAGGUCCUGGGUUCAGUCCUGCUGGGGCUGGGGAAGACCCCCUGCCUGAAGCCCCAGAGAGCCAUUGCUGGCUUCCAGUGUGGAGAACAGUGAGCUAGGUGGAGCCCAGGGACCCCGACUCAGGGCAGCGUCAGCCAAGUCAGGGCGAAGGGAGGGAAGCUUCAGAGCUCAACAGCAAAGCACUUGCUCUCAGUCCUCUUUGGCUGGGAAAGAUCUCCUCGCUUAGAACCCCAGCGAGCCAUCACUGCCUGUCAGGACGGAGAGUCCUGAGCUGGCCAGACCUGACCGGGUGCACGAGGCGGCCUUGCUCUGUUCUUGAGUGUCAGCCCCAGCAGAGUUCAUGCUGAGUGGAUGGAGCCUGGCGGCACAGAGGGCAAGCAGGCAGAGCGGCAUGACGCGUCUUGGGUGGGCGGGAAGAGUGUUGGCAGCUCUGCGGAUCCAGCUGGCAGCGAGGGAGUGGAUCCAUCCUCCCUCAGCAGCUUUCCCCCACAGCCAGAGCAAAGGGGAAGCUGCCCCCCCCCCGGCACGUUCUGGGUUGCAGCUCAGCCCCUUCUGACCGACUUGAGGAGCUGGGACUCUGACUCAGCCCAGACGGCGUGGAGAUGACUCCCUCUUUCAAACAAACAAUGAUUUAUCGAUUGCCUUCUAAACCGCCCUCUCAAUUGACACAGAAGGUAACGGAAAACAGCUUAAGAUGUUUAAAACAAGACUAGCAAGUGGAUAGUCAUGACAAAGACCCAUUUAUCCUGCGAGGAAAGCCUCUUGGGGCAAAAAGUGGGCACCUAGGCAGGGAUGUUGUGCCACAGAACGGGGGCAGUCACCCUCAAGGCCCUGCUCUUCUGAGCUACUGGCUGAAGGAGCUUCUGAGAUCUUCAGGGUUUGCAGGAGAAACUCACCCACAGACUGCCCUGAUUUGUGGUGUGGAUAAGGGAUCAGGCAGUCUCAGAUGACCUGGUGCUGGGCUGCAUAAGGCCUCAUGCGUUACUACCGCCACCUUGAAUUUGGCCCGUUAGACGAACGGCACCCAGGGCAAAUCCCACAAGUCAGGUGUUAAAUGCUGGCAGUUGGUUUUCAGUUGUGACCCCUGGACCAACCCUGAGGGUAGCCCCACGUUAGAGACAUGGCCGUAAUCCAGUGCAGUUCCUUGGGAGUUUUCCUGCAUUGUUGGGGGUUGGGCUAGAUGACCAUGGGGGGUCCCUACAGGACCUGCAGUUCUGUGAGUAUCCACAGAUAUCGAGCUGGUGCGGUUUUCUCCAGGCUGAGGCAGAGAGGGGUAGGCAGGAUGCCAGAAAAAGAACUGUUAGUGCAUCUUGAGCGGAUGCGAGAGCGAUGUGGCUGUCGCAUCUGUCACCCCACUGAUCGCCAGGGUUGAUUCGGCUGAUCUGGCGGGUGCCCCCUCCCUCCCUCGUGAAGCCGUGCGCUUGGUGGAAGAGGAGGCCAUCCCCGAUAGAAGGAGUGUUUUCAAGGGUAUACAAUCGCUGCUUCUUGAGCCAUCCCCUUGUAGUUUGAUAAACCUCUGCAUUGUUGGGGGCGGUCCCAGACGUGUGCUGCCUGGAGCAGUCUAGCAGGGGCUCCGAUGGGACCGGAAACCUGGGGUGGGGAAGACGCUUUCCUGCGGCCUCACCAGCUGCCUCUCUUCCCUGCACAGGAAGCUUAUCCAGCAGCCCGGAGGAGAUGUCUGGCGCCACGGAGGGCCACGAGACGUCCUCGGGGGUGGAGGUCGAGGCUUCCGACCUGAGCCUGAGCCUCACGGGGGACGAGGUGGGGCCCAACCGCACCUACACGGAGAGCUCGGCGGAGGAGAAGGACUCGGACAGCAUGGACGACACGGGCCACUACUCCAUCAACGAGAUGAACCGCACCUACGACCGCUCCCACUCGGAAGAGGAGGAGGAGGAGGAAGAGGAGGAGGAGGAGGAAGAAGAGGUGGAGGCGGCCGAGGCCCAGCGGUCCCGCCGGCGAGCCCAGCGCAAGCGUCCCAACCGGGACCGGGACUCCUCGGACGAUGAGCGGGCCCUGGAGGACUGGGUGGCCUCGGAGACGACGGGGCUGCCUCGGCCGCGCUGGCGGGCGGUGCAGGCGCUGCGGGAGAGGGCUCUGGGCUCCUGCGCCCGCUUCGUCCACGAGGCCUGCGGCGCCCAGGUCUUUGUGCAGCGCUUCCGGCUCCAGUAUGGGCUGGAGGGCCACACGGGCUGCGUCAACACCUUGCACUUUAACCAGCGCGGCACCUGGCUGGCCAGCGGGAGCGACGACCUCAAGGUGGUGGUCUGGGACUGGGUGCGGAGGCAGCCGGUGCUGGAGUUUGAGAGCGGCCACAAGAGCAACGUCUUCCAGGUGAGGGGGGCUCCUUCGCCCAGCCUUGUGGUUCGUUGGUUACAGCACAAAGCAAAGAAUUCAUAGUAUCGUAAUAGUGAAAGGAGGGACGUGGGUGGCGCUGUGGGUUAAACCACAGAGCCUAGGACUUGCCGAUCAGAAGGUUAGCGGUUCGAAUCCCCGCGACGGAGUGAGCUCCCGUUGCUCGGUCUCUGCUCCUGCCCACCUAGCAGUUCGAAAGCACGUCCAAGUGCAAGUAGAUAAAUAGGUACCGCUCUGGCGGGAAGGUAACCGGCGUUUCCGUGCGCUGCUCUGGUUCGCCAGAAGCGGCUUGGUCCUGCUGGCCACAUGACCUGGAAGCUGCACGCCGGCUCCCUCAGCCAGUAAAACGAGAUGAGCGCCGCAGCCCCAGAGUCUGUCACGACUGGGCCUAAUGGUCAGGGGUCCCUUUACCUUUACCUAAUAGUGAAAGGGGGAGUAGGCAAUUUGAAAGGCCAUAGAUGGAUUAGCAGCUCAAGACCUGGGUGAAGAGGAAUGUUUUCGCCUGGUGCUGGAGCCACUGCAGGAAAGGCCCUGUGCUCAUGUUGCCACCCUCGGGACCUCUCAUGUCGAUAUGGGGAGAUGCAGUCCAUGACGUAUUGGGGUCCUGAGUCUCACAAGGCUUUAUAGGUCAAAACCAGCACUUUGAAUUGAGCCCGUAAACUUAACAGGCACCCUUUGCAGUUGGCCAACAUGGGUGUUGCAUGCUCAGACCGCCUUGUAAGCAACCUGGCCACCAAAUUCCAUAUGCACCAUAUGCAACUCCCAUGACGUUCACAGAGCCCUGUGCUCUUCGGUAGGGCAGGGCUCAAUCCGACUGUGGCCCACGGGGCCCCUUCCUUUGUCAGCCAGUACUUCCAGGCGUUUGGGCUGCUGAUUGGUGGGUUUUGGGAGAGGGGGUGGGCCCACACUUCUGCUAGGGGCCUUCCCUGUUCUAGCAGCUGCUCCUGGGCAGGCCUUUAGCUCCUCCUCCCUGGGUGUCACUCAAAGCCUGGGAAACCAAACUCCCCGCCCCCCUUCUGCAUCUCUCCUCUGCCGCGCUUCCUGUGACCAGGAAGGACCCCUUGCUGGCUGGAGGGGGGGGGAGUCACUCUGGGGUCAUUUUGUGUGCGGAGGAGGGGAGGGUCUCCUUGUCCAUCAGCUGCAGUCUCAGGGCCUCCUCUUUCUUUCUCCUGCCCUGCCAGGCCAAGUUCCUCCCCAACAGCGGGGACUCCACCCUCGCCAUGUGCGCCCGGGACGGCCAGGUCCGCGUAGCUGAGCUCUCCGCCACCCAGUGCUGCAAGACCACCAAGCGGGUGGCCCAGCACAAGGGGGCGUCGCACAAGGUGAGUGGGCCGGCUGGGGCGGAGGGAGACCGGGCAGCGGGCUUCUAGUCCUGGGGGAGGGGGCACAGAAAGCGAGAGGGUGAGAGCUUGGGCCCAUCUGCACACUUUGCUUUCCUAAGGGGUGGUGGGGAAGGUUUGACCCAGUAGAAUGGAACUGAAAGCCAUCUAUCACGGAUGCUUUAGUUGAGAUUUCCCGCAUCGCAUGAGGUUGGGGUCCCUUCCAUCUCUCCAAUUCUGUGAGCCUUGGAAAAAGUCCCUUAGAGACGAAAGAGGAAGUGGGAAAGAACAGCACCCCUCCAUCUUCCUCUUUCAGCUCUCUCCAGUGUUUGAUGCGGGGCUCAUGAGCAAGGGAGCAGCGAUGUGGGGUGCUAUGGGGCCUCACUGAUGCCAGGGGAAAUUCUUGAAGUUGCCAUUUUGCCCAGCAGCCCCAAAUAAUCAGGCCCUGCCUGAUGUCAGCGGCGCUGAGGGCUGGGAAGGGAUGCAGUCCAUCCUUGCAAAAGGGCUUCAGGGAUGUUUAUAUAGCUCGGAGGGGGAUUUCCCCCGCUUUAUUUAUUUUUCUUUAUUUCAUAAACAUUUGUACACCGCUUGAUUGUAAAAAAAAAGACCUCAAAGCGGUUUGCAAAAAGAUGAAACCAUAAAAUAAAAAGAAUUGCAACAGUACAACUUGCAAAAGUUGAAAUACUUAAACAGGGUUAAAUUUCUAAUCACCUGGUGGGCUUGUCUGAACAGAAUGCUUUUAGCAGGCCCUGAAAAGAGGAUGGUGAAUGUGCUUGCUUGGCAUCAAUAGGCAGGGAGUUCCAAAGGGCAGGUUCUGCCACACUAAACGAUGGACUUCUUACAAACGUGGUGUUGGUAUUAUGUGGCAUGCCUAGUAGUGCCAUUUCUGUCGAUGGAAGCGCUUGUGUGGGCACAUGUGGGGUGAUCUUGCAGGUAAACUGGUCCCAAGUUGUCUUUAUUGACUGAUAGUAUCACCUUGAACUUGACCUGGUAGCAGAUCUCAGAGCACGGGCGGUGCAUGCUGGAAAGGCCUCACCCUGUCAGCAAUCGUGUCGCAGCACCCUGCACUAGCUGCAGCUUCCAGGUCAAGUGCAAGGGAAGCCCCACAAAGAGUGCCUUGCAGUAAUCCAGUCCGGAAGUGACCGGUGCGUGAACUGGGGUGGCCAGGCUUUCCUGGUCAGGAAUGGCCGUAGCUGCCAGCUGCAGUUGGUCAAAGGCACUUCUGGCCACCGAGGCUGCCUGAUCCUCCAGGGACAGCGCCGGGUCCAGAAGCUCCCCAAACUGCAAGGCUGCUCCAAUUUCUCAGACCCGGGAGCUGCUCACCCACACUGCCUCCAUCUUGCUAGGAAGUCUUUGGCCCUUGAGUCGCUCUGGCCUGGCAGCUUCUUGGGGAUCGGCUGCUGGGCAGCGGGUCCCAAGGGAGUGUUGUCUGAGGGCACACAAGGGGUGAUGGGGGGAGGCCUCGCUGCAGUUCCCUCCCUCAAAACAGCCCGCCUCUCUCUCUCUCUCAGUUGGCCCUCGAGCCAGACUCCCCCUGCACUUUCCUCUCGGCUGGCGAAGACGCUGUGGUCUUCACCAUUGACCUGAGACAAGACCGGCCAGCUUCGUAAGUGUGUGGGGCCCCCUCUCGUUGCUCUAACUCUUGGCCUGCCCCCCCCCAGUAGUUCUCCUGCCCCCUUCUCUACUUUAUCCCCAGCCCCCCUUGUUCCACACUCCCUCUCUAGAUCAGUCCACCCAACCUCUUCCUGCUCUCUUGAGCCACGGUUUGGGCUUCUCUUUCUUAAAGCUGGGCUGGUUUCAUUUCAAUAAGUUGUCCAGAUGUGGAGCGCACCCCCCCGGCCGCUCCGCCCCUCUCCUGUGGUUUUUUUUCUUUAAUUGUCUCAGCUUUCAUUGCUCACAUUGAGACUGGGGCCAGAUCCUCCAUGUCCUGCGUCUCUUUAGGGAUGCUCUUCUCUGGGGUGGGGGGAUUUGGGUUCAGAUUCCCCCCCCCCUCCAGGCUGCCGAGCAUUUGGGGUGGCAGCUGUUUUCCUCCCGCUCUGCCUUCCUGGCUCCACUGAAGGGCCCCCCUCCCUGGUUCUCUUCCUUGAAGCCUGGAGCCAAGAAACAACUCCUUGCCACUUUUGAGCAGGACAUGGCUGGGUCCUUUGGGGUCUCCAUGCUGGAGCCUGAAGGGGUGGGUGGUUUUUCUCCAUCGGGACUCAUAAGCUGUGGGGGGAGGUGUGUGUGUGUGUACUGUAUUUUUUGCUCUAUAAGAUGCACCAGACCAUAAGACGCACCUAGUUUUUGGAGGAGGAAAACAAGAAAAAAAAAUAUUCUGAAUCCCAGAAGCCAGAACAGUCAGAGGGAUCGCUGCGCAGUGAAAGCAGCAACCCCUCUCACUGUUCUGGCUUCUGGGAUAGCUGCGCAGCCUGCAUUCGCUCCAUAAGAUGCACACACAUUCCCCCUUACUUACUAGGAGGGGAAAAGUGCGGCUUAUAGAGCGAAAAAUACGGUAUCUAGCCUUCUAUCUCUAUAUCUCACCUUCUUCUAAGGAGCUCAAGGUGACAGAGCUUAUUUCUCCCCGCAACGACCCUGUGAGGUAGCUUCUGCUGAGAGGCAGUGAGUGGCCCAAGGUCAUAGUCUCUCCCAGCUCCUGGCGAGGAGGGGGGUGAGGAGGCUCUUUCCACUGAGGGGAAUUCAAGCCCCCUCCCCUCUCUUUCUGGUUUGCAUCCUCAGGAAGCUGGUUGUGACGAAAGAGAAGGAGAAGAAGGUUGGCCUCUACACCAUCUACGUGAACCCGGCCAACACCCACCACUUUGCUGUCGGGGGCAGAGACGAGUAUGUCAGGUGAGACCCCCUCCCGCCUGGCGACAUCUCAGGGACCACUGAGCCCGCCCCCCGUCUCCCAGAACCCCGCAGUUCAAGUGAAGGCAGGGGAGGCUGUUGUCCUGGCUGGCGUUGGGGUGAGGCAUUGACUCACUUUGGGGUUCUGGGGGCCUGUGGGGUUGAGGGGAGGGAAGCAUCUUAUUGGCUGGUUGUUGGGUCCAUUGAGCCCCCCUCUUGGCCACCCGCGUCUCCCUCCUCCCGUGCCCCCUGCGGACAUCUCCCCAAUGUGCAAAGGGAUAAUAAUUUAUUAUAGUAAUUUUAUCAUUUAUACGUCACUCAUCUGACUGGGUUGCCCCAGACACUCUGGGUGGCUUCCAUCGCAUAUACAGUGGACGCUUGGGUUGCGAGCAGGAUCCGUGCUGGAUGCACGUUUGCAACCCACAGCAGCGCGUCUGCGCACACGCGGGUUGCGAUUCAGUGCUUCUGCACAUGUGCAAAGUGUGAUUUAGCACUUCUGCGCAUGCGCGGCCGCCGAAACCCGGAAGUAAUCCGUUGCGGUACUUCCGGGUUUUGGUGGGUGCAUAACCCAAAAAAACGCAACCUGAAGCGGCUGUAACCUGAGGUAUGACUGUAAAAAACAUAAUGAAACAUCAGUCGUUAAAAACCUCCCGAUACAGUCGUGCCUUAUUUGCUUUUAAAUAAAGAAAUUGAAAUGGCAGGCCUUUCCUUGCUCUGGGCGGGUGCCUGGAUGUUGCUCUCAGCCACCUGCCCACUGCGAUGUGACCUUGGGGUAACAGGCGUGAGCAAGGGAAGCCGGCAGCAGCCCUGAGCAACUUACAGGCAACAGCCCCAGUGGCACCCAUGAGUCUCUCUCUCCCCCUCUCCCUGGGCGCCUUCCCUAUUAGGUGGGUAGCUCCCCACACAACACGAUUUCAGUUAUGCGCACGGGGGCAUGGAACAUAACCCCUGCGUAAGUAGGGGACGCAUGUAGAAGUAAACGAGGCUGCUGCUUUGCAUAGUGUCUUCUUAAAACUGCAGUAAUAUCCAAGGCAACACAAUGACUAAGUACAACAAUGCGAUGUCAAUAUAAAUUCUUUAUAUAAUCUAUACAGAACAUUAAACAGUAUGAAAUAUAUGAAACAUGCCCUCUCUGCAAAACCAAAUAAAGAAUCUGACCCAUUGCUUCUUUCAGAGACUUGCGUAGUCUACAAAGACUUUCAGAGACUUAUAAGACUUAUGUUUAUUUGGUUCUAUGUUUUCAAGAGAACCCAUCAAGAGUGCAUAUUUUGUGACUUUCGGAGAUUUAUAAGAUUUCUGUUUAUUUGGUUUUGCAGAGAGUGCAUGUUUCAUAUAUUUCAUACUGUUUAAUGUUCUGUAUAGAUUAUAUAAAGAGUUUAUAUUGACCUGGCAUUGUUGUACUUGGUCAUCGUGUUGCCUUGGAUAUCACUGAUAAUUGUUUGCAACACAAUUGUUUGGUUACUUCUUAAAACUGCAAGCUGACCCCCUUUUCCCUUCUGGCGUUUCCCCAGGGUCUACGACCAGCGGAAGAUCAAUGAGAACGAGAACAACGGUGUGCUGAAGAAGUUCUGCCCUCACCACCUGGUAAGGGCCUUCCUGGGGUCCAUGUUCCUUCUUCCCUGCCAGGGUCUUUGCCCUUCAUCCCCCAGCCCUGCGGUGGUUCUUCAAGGAGCACACAAAGAGCCUGGCUUAUGGAUCAGGCCAAGGGGGACCUGCCCAGUCCAGCCUCCUGUCCUCCCAGUGCCGAAAUGCUCCAAACAGCUUAGCAAUCUGGACAGACUGCCCCUGGCGCUGGAGGUUCCAUAAGAACGCAAGAAGCGCCUGGCUGCUGAAUCUGAUCAGCCCACCUAGUCCAGCCUCGUGUCGUCACAGGGGCUGGCUAGAUGCCCCCAACGAACCCCCCCCCCGAGCGAGUGGGAUGCUGGAUUGUUAGGGGCCGCCUCUCUCUGAAAUCUUGGCCUGCCUGCCCCAAGUGCAAAAGCUGCCUCUGUGCUCAGCCCACGUGGCUCUUUGGCAUAAGAACCAUAAAUAGCAACACUCUAGAGGUCCUGGGCCCUAAGGAGGUGGAACACUCUGUCUCCUGAGACCAGGGUCCUGCGGGAUCUGAUUUCUUUCCGCAGGGCCUGCAAGACAGAGUUUUUCCGCCUGGCCUUUGGCUUGGAAUCAACUUGAUCCCCUUCCCCUCUUUCCUUUUUCCUUUCUCCUUCUGUGAUGGAACUCCUAUUUGGGGACUUCCCUGCCUUUUUUCCUGGUCCAUGUAGGACCAGUCUGGAUAGUUGGCCUUGGUGAAGAUUUGACGUUUUCAUCCCCAAAAAGUUUUUGAUUUGAGUUUCUACUGAAAUGAGGCUGCAUUUUAAUGUUUUAUUUUAAUCCUGUUUUUAAGUUGUAUUUUAAUCAAUUGUUUUUACACCUGGUGUUAGCCGCCCUCAGCCCUGUCUUGGCUGGGGAGGGUGGGGUAUAAAUAAAUUAUUAUUAUUAUUAUUAUUAUUAUUAUUAUUAUCUGGGGCUGGAGGGUCUUUGGGAAGGUGCUCUGCUGAGCUUUCCUCUGCUCCCCGAUUCCUCCGUAGGUGAACAGCGAUUCAAAAGCCAACAUCACUUGUUUGGUCUACAGCCACGAUGGGUCAGGUACGUGGGGCAUAGGGGGAGCUCUCUGGGGGGGGGUCGGCCACCAAGCUAGGAGGGCUCCUCUUCUGUUGUGUUGGGUGCCAGGACAGCCCUUGACCAGGAGAGCCUGGGAGAGGCACCUUCCAGGGUGUCACAGACAAGGAAGUGCAACAGAGGGAGGGAGGGGGUUGCCCUGUCCCAGUGCCCCCCUCCCUGGUGAAGGCUGGGAGGUUGUGAUGUCUUAGAAUCUGCUGGCCAGCCUCUCCCCCCCCCCCAAGGCCAACGAAAGCUCUCCCCUCCUGCCAUUUCCCAGAUGCAACUGAGGUUUCCCCAAUGUGUCUUGUUGCAGAGCUUGUGGCCAGCUACAACGACGAGGACAUCUAUCUCUUCAACGCGUCCCACAGCGACGGAGCCGAGUACCUGAAGAGAUACAAGGGGCAUCGGAACAACGCCACAGGUGCAGGAGCAGCCUCCCACCCCCCCCCCGCCACCCCUGGCAGGGGGAAAUGCCCCCUGACCUUGAUGGCCUGUGGGGCUGGCAGAGCGCCUGGCCUAGCCUCGCUCAAACCCCAGGCGCUUUUGCUAAUGUUGAAAACUUCCAAGAAGGGGCAGGUCUGAUCUAGAUAUAUAUAUGUAGGCAGGCAGUAGGCUCACAACUUACAUGAGGGUUAUAUUCCGGGGGGCUGCAUUGCAAAGGGGAAAUCGCACAAAGUCGGGACGACCCAGAAUGCCCCACAUCUCUGUGUGACUAUCGCUACCUGGGUAGAUUGAGGCUUUUGAAAGGCUGUGGGUGGCUCCCAUGAAAUCUCAGGUGGCCCCUUCCAACUGGUCCCCCCCUCCCCAUUUAUUUCCCCUCCACCCACGCAAAGCUGCAGUUUCAUAAGUAAAUCACAUGUGAGUUGUAGUGUUCCUGUAAAUGUAAUUAUAAAUGCAUUCUCUGGCCAAAAUGAGAUUGAUUUUGCCAGAGACCAAGCAGAUAAGCAAGUGAGGAAGGGAUUCCAAAGUCGUCGUCCCCCCCCAGCAUCACCCCCACACUCCCCAAUCACCCCCUGCCCCUGUUCUCUCCCCACAUGGCCCCCUUGAUGGCCGCAGGGCCCAGAGUCACAGCUUCCACGGCGCCCCCUGAGCAAGGGAAACUUGCUCCUCUGGGAAAGGAGGGAAGGAAGGGAAGUGCAAGGGGGAGGCAGGGUCUCCUGGUCCCCCUAGUGCAGGGGGGCUGCUGUUCUCUUGCCAGGAGGUGGCGCUGGGGGGGGGGGGGCAGCGGUUUUGCCGGGCACUCACCCAGACCACUUCUCUGCCUGCAGUGAAGGGCGUCAACUUCUACGGCCCCAAGAGCGAGUUUGUGGUGAGCGGCAGCGACUGCGGGCACAUCUUCCUGUGGGAGAAGUCGUCCUGCCAGGUGGUGCAGUUCAUGGAAGGCGACCGAGGAGGCGUGGUGAGGGGCGUGGCUGGCCGGAGGGCUGCUUGGACUGGGAGGGGGGCACAGCUGGGCAGGCUUGGUUAAGGGGGUGGGUAGAAUUCAGGGGGCGGCAACCAGAAGGCCUGUCCUGUUGGCUCCUGGAAGAAAUGGGUGCAGAGCCUGUCAGCAUCGCCCUUGAGCCAGUGCCACCAACUGGACUCAUCCACUUCAGCCCCGACUGGGCUAGGCGAGCUGGGUAGCACUUCCAGAGACCACCUUCUGCACAGGAACAGGUCAAAGUGCUGUGGACUCACAGCUUAGAAUUGUGAGCACCGGAUUCACUUCCACAAGAAGACAGUCGUCGCACAGCAGAGUACAGCAGAGCAUAAACGACUCGGAGAGCAGCUCUGUAGAAUAUCUUCUUUAUUCUAUCUACAACUAUAAUACACAACUAUAUACAGAGCUAAAUGAGGUCUAAACGAAAAUGCUGCACUGCACUGAGUGUCUGCAGCUGCUCUUAGCAGCAACCUUAUCUAUACACACGAUCUCUAACACUCAGUCUCUCUCUCUCCGACACACUGACUGACUGACUGAUGUUAGGCUGGAGCAGAAUAAGUAGAGAGCAGAACACCGCCCCUCCUCUCUGGAAAAUCACCAGACUCAUCAGCAGAUUCUUGGAUAUGGGAGGGGUGAAAUCUCCUCAGAGCCCACCUCUUUCCUGAAGCAAAUCUGCCAUCCCCCCUUAUCCUUGGGGGGGGGGGGGACACACACAACACACCAUCUUUUCUGCCUCCCCCAGCAUGUCUACUUUGGGAGGGGCAGGAAUGCAGGCCGUGGGACAAAGCAGCGACUCCUCUGCUACCUUCUUGCCUUCUCAGCUGUUUCUGGGGUGACCCAGAGCCAUAACUCCGCUCCAGGAAAAAAGGUUUUUGGAUAUUCUUUCAGGUCAACUGCCUGGAGCCCCACCCUCACCUCCCAGUCUUGGCCACCAGCGGUUUGGAUCACGACGUCAAGGUCUGGGCCCCGACGGCGGAGGUGCCCACCCAGCUCACCGGUUUGAAGGAGGUGAGGGCCGCCUUCUCAGCCCCAUGGAGACUCAAGGGGCCCCUGCUGGCCAAGACCCUCUCUCCUCCGCCCUGCAGUCUGGGGGAAGCUAGCAUGGCGGGUGGGAUGGGGGCUUCCAGUUUUGGUUGGACUCCCAGGGGGGCCAGGGGUGAGGGUGAUGGUAGAUGUCAGAGGAGACCAUAUAACACCAGUCCUGAAAGACCUGCAUUGGCUCCCAGUAUGUUUCUGAGCGCAAUUCAAAGUGUUGGUGCUGACCUUGAAAGCCCUAAACGGCCUCAAAGGCCCAGUAUACCUGAAGGAGCGUCUCCACCUCCAUCGUUCUGCCCGGACACUGAGGUCCAGCGCCAAGGGCCUUCUGGCGGUUCCCUCCCUGUGAGAAGCCAAGUUACAGGGAACCAGGCAGAGGGCCUUCUUGGUGGUGGCACCUGCCCUGUGGAACACCCUCCCACCAGAUGUCAAGGAAAUAAACAACUAUCUGACUUUUAGAAGACAUCUGAAGGCAGCCCUGUUUAGAGAAGCUUUUAAUGUUUGAUGUUUUAUCAUAUUCUUAAUAUUAUUAAUACUCUGUUGGGAACCGCCCAUAGUGGCUGGGGAAACCCAGCCCGAUGGGUGGGGUAUAAAUAAUAAAGGAUGCUGAUGAUGUCCGGAGGACCACAGACGCUGGCUGGGAAGGAGGUGGCUUGGGUUGUCCUUCCACGCCUCUCUGGGAGGCUUCCUGUGGCUUCCUGCGCUUGUGGGAAGCUCAUCAGUACUGGAGCCAGUGGCCAUUCAAUGAAGCGGAGGAUUGGAAGGUUCAGGACAGAUAAAAGGCCGUCCCUCUUCACUAGACGGGCCACUGAGUCGGCAGGGACACCCAGGGGCAUCUAGUCCAACCCCGUGCAGUGCAGCAGUCUUAGGUUCCGAAUGGGCCCUGGGCAGCCUAGUGACCCUCUCUUCCUCCUCCUCCUCCUCCUCAGGUGAUAAAGAAGAACAAGCGAGAGCGGGAUGAGGACAGCCUGCACCACACGGACAUGUACGAGAGCCACCUGCUCUGGUUCCUGAUGCACCACUUCCGACAGAGGCGGCACCACCGGGUAGGGCGGACGGGCCAGGCUGAACUGGGGGGGGGCAGGGGGGAGGAUGGUGUGUUGGAAGACCGGGAACGGGGGGUCUUGAAGAUCACCCCAUGGGGGUUUUGGUCGGUUGGGAGGGCGUGGGGCUACCGAGUUAAAGCCCCUCCCUGAAUGACACAGCCGUGGGUGAGCCUGUUUUGGCGAUGGGCUGAUCCUGAGUGCGCUGAGCCCCCUCUGCUCUCCCCCCCCCCUCCAAUAUGGGACAUGGUCACAGCCCCCUACUCUUCCCUUUCCCCCAGCGCCGAAGAGAUCCAGGCACAGGGGCGACGGACAGCGACUCGGACGAAUCCCCCAGCUCCUCUGACACGUCGGACGAUGACGAGGAAGGCCCGGAUCGGGUGCAGUGCAUGCCUUCUUGA